ACAGGCGCCGUGGCCAGUUCCGAGGUGAAGCAGAAGCUCCAAGAGGUGAUCCUGAAGAAGCAGAAGCAGGCCGCUCUGGAGCGGACGAGCUCGAACCCCAUCAGCACCCCCCCUGUGGGAUACCGACGCCUGUUAUCGCGGGCCACGCUCUGCCACAUCCUCCAGCUCCGCCGCUCUCCUUCCGAGCCGAACCUCAAGGUGAAGAACAAACUGAAGAACCACCUGAACACCCGGAAGAGCCCGCUGACCCGUAAGGAGAGUGCCCCGCCCAGCAUCAAGCACCGUGUCCCAGAAACCUUAGACUCCUCCCCCAGCAGCAGCAGCACCCCUGUAUCUGGCUGCAGCUCGCCCAAUGACAGCCUACCCACUGAGAACGGCGCACUGCCCCACGAGAGGCUACUUCUCCCGGAUCGUGAGUCCAUUGCCCACUUCCCAGGGCAGAAUCUUGCCACUCUUCCCACCAUCACACUGGGACUCCCUGCCAGUGCCAAGGUAAGACUAAAAAACCGCCUUCUGUCUCUCUGUGGUCCAGUACCCAGCAUGAGCCAGGUGCCCCUUCAGUUUGCCUCACAGCUGGACCAUCUGAACCCCCUGGGCACCCACAAGCCCCUGGGUCGGACCCGCUCAGAGCCUCUGCCCCAGAGCCCGCGGGCCCUGCACGCCCACCUACUCCAGCAGCACCCCAACAGCCAGUUACUGGAGAGGCUGAAACUGCAGGCACACCUGGGAAAGCAGAUACCCAAACCCAGCGAGAAGCCGCGUCUCAAGCAGAUCCCGUCAGAGGACAUGGACUCGGAGGAGGUGGGGCCAGCUGGGGCCAGGGAGGUGCAGCAGGCCAAGGCGCAGGUGGAGUCUCUGCGGGAGGCGGACACCCUCGGGGGGAUGGAGGUGGCGUCUGCGGCGGAGGGCAAGGAGGAACAGAUCAACCUGCAGCACACGGUCAUGCUGAAUCAGUCGCUGCUUUGGGAGAAGCAGAAGCAGCUGCAGCAGAUGCGGCGGCAGACGGCUCACAUGGAGACGCUGGCGGUGCCCGUGAUGCCCAGCGUCAUCCACCGGCCCCUGUCCCGCACGCAGUCCUCCCCCGCCUCCACCUCGCUGACCGCACCCCUCCCAGCGGCCACCCCCGACACAUCCAGCAAGCCACGCUUCACCACAGGCCUGGUGUACGACUCCCAGAUGCUGAAACACCAGUGUACCUGCGGGGAUAACAGCAGGCAUCCAGAGCACGCUGGGCGGAUCCAGAGCAUAUGGUCCCGGCUGCUGGAGCGAGGGCUCCGGAACCAGUGCGAGAGCAUCCGCGGCAGAAAGGCGACUCUGGAGGAGCUGCAGUCGGUGCACAGCGAGCGCCAUGUCCUGCUGUAUGGCACCAACCCGCUGAACCAGCUCAAGCUGGACAGCCGCAAGCUCAGCGGAAUCCUGUCCCAGAGGAUGUUCGUGGUCCUACCAUGCAGGGGUGUUGGGGUGGAUAACGACACCAUCUGGAAUGAAAUGCACACCUCGACGGCAUCUCGCAUGGCGGCUGGAAGCGUGACUGAGCUGGCCUUCAAGGUGGCCAAGGGAGAGCUGAAGAACGGCUUUGCGGUGGUGCGGCCCCCAGGACACCAUGCUGACCCUUCCAGCCCCAUGCCAGACGUUCACCAUGGCAAUGGUACCCAGGAGGUGUUCUACAGAGACCCCAGUGUGCUCUAUAUCUCACUGCACCGCUAUGAUGAUGGCAACUUUUUCCCUGGCAGCGGGGGGCCGAAUGAGGUGGGCUCUGACGCUGGUGAGGGCUUCAACGUUAAUGUCGCGUGGACAGGAGGCCUGGACCCCCCUAUGGGUGAUGCGGAGUAUCUGGCUGCUUUCAGGACCGUGGUGAUGCCCAUCGCACAGGAGUUCUCACCUGACGUGGUCCUGGUCUCCUCUGGGUUUGAUGCAGCUGAGGGACACCCAGCACCACUGGGGGGCUACAAAGUGUCGGCCAAAUGUUUUGGCUUUUUGACGCAACAGCUGAUGCAGCUGGCUGGGGGCAGGCUGGUGCUGGCACUGGAAGGAGGGCACGACCUCACGGCCAUCUGCGACGCAUCCGAGGCCUGCGUCAGUGCCCUGCUGGGCAUGGAGGUGGAGCCGCUGCCGGAGGACGUGCUGCGGAAACAGCCGUGCCCCAAUGCAGUGCGCUCACUGCAGAAGGUGCUGCAAGUCCACAGUCAGUACUGGCAGUCUGUGAAGCGUGUCGCCCACACUGUGGAGAUGUCCUUCCUGGAUGCCCAGAAACAUGACUGUGAGGAGGUGGACACAGUCAACGCCCUGGCCUGUCUCUCUGUCGGCGUCCUCGCCAAUAAGAGUCUCCCUGAUGAACCCAUGGAACAUGAUGAGGACUCCAUGUAGAGGCUGCUGCCCUUUCUCCUUCGACACGCCCUCCUGUUGGGGCUCCGCCCCGCCCCCUUCUCUGAGCUCUGGUACAGCUGUGCGACUGAAACCUCAGGUGCAUCUGCUCGCAUCACUUUUCUUGGACCUCGCGCCUUAAUGGGAUUGUGAGGUCAGCGGUGGCCAAGGAUUCCAUAAAAUCUUAAGGCAAAACUGAUCAUAACUGCAAAAGAAACUGCUGGGUUUGGGUGGCGGGGGCAUGAGGCUCUGUGAGUUUGAACACUGUCCCUCUAAUCGGAAGGUUGUCGGUCCAAAUCCCAGGGCCACCAGAAUUUAAAUGACACGCAUUUCUUAAGAGUGUAACCCAGUAACAGGCCAGUUCUCCAUAUGAAACGCCUGCCUUUCCCAGAAGAAUGGACUCCUUUUGUUUAAUAGGUGCCACACGCAGCCUUAGCCACCCCCCACCCCACCUUAUUCAGCCCUCUGUAUAUUUAUAUAUGCACGCCUGUGAACAUCAAGUGUCUCAGAGAUCUGAGAUCCUGUGUAAAGGUCCCCGGCCUCAGGUGCCCCCCCGGCCUCAGGUGCCCCCUGGCAGUGACACGGCCUGCCUCUCUCCUUCAUACCCGCUCACUGUGGAUGGUCCCCCGCCCCCCCCCUUUCCACUGACUGUCUUAAUAUUCAUAUUAUUUAACCACUAAAGAAGCCAAUGGAGGGACCGUUGCUCCAUGGGGAUUUCAAAUUUUAUUAUUUUUUUUUUUUGAGAUUUUUGCACUGUGCAUUCCUUAAUGUGAACUAUGAAGCAUUUCCAUCCUCUGGGCAACCAGAACUUUUAUACUGAAACGCAGAUUGAAGCAAAAAGAGCUGUUUUAAUUUAAUUCCAUUUCAUGAGUCGCCUCUCAUGCUCUACAACUAAUGUUCACGUCUUAAAGGGGCCGCCACACUUGAAGGUGUAAGCUUGGCGGCUUCUCGUGGCAUUUUCCUAAGGACAGAUUGCAGUGCUGGUCAGCAGGAAGACCAGAGGCUCUGGUGUCCAUUCUGCUGUGCUCCACCAGUCUCGUCACACUUUAUUCUGCCAUUACCGUGCCUUGCCUCCUGUUGCCUUGGUGAUGCCUUCUUGCUCAGUCUUUACCUCUGAGCCACAUGCUAAAGGUUUUUCCUUGGAACACUGUACUGGCUCAUAACUAUUUACUGCCUUCUGCCAUUGGUAGUUGUGUCUUAAAGCGACGGUGUAGACUUUCGACAGAGUAAUGCACUUACUGGGGUUGUCCACAAGACAAAGAUCUUACGUUUAAUGCAGUUGCAUUAGAUUGUGCGUUCGCAGGUUUAGUCAGUUUAUCUUUUUCAAGGUCAUUCCACUUUUUAAAAUUGAAUCAAAUUAAAAGAGGCCGGUGUUUGACGGCCUGUUAGCCUGUGGGUAGAUACUGGCUGCGCAGUGUAUUUGAUACUCAAAGUUCAGCGACGCUUACUUUUAAAGAACAACAAGUUGAUUGAAGUUGUAUACAGAAGUUGUAUACAGAGUUUCCAAAUGAAGUCUGUCUUGAAGUUCUGGUCCAGGACCAGUUGUUUCCGAAAAGGCAGGUGAAGCAAUAGCGUAUUUUAAAAUGAAGCAUUGUUUUGUCGGUGCUUCAUAGCAUGUAUGUAGGACAGUAUGCAGAGAGACUGUUAAUAACUUUGGUGUCAUGUUUGCUCAGAUCCAUGUUGCAGUUCUGUGUCAGGACCAUGGCAAAUAUUAACCAUAAACAACCAAAAAGCUAUGAUGUCACCACACCAGCAAAUGCUCCAUUCAUCUCUCACAUUCUAGCCAUGGAAAUAUGUGAUUGUACUGAAGCUUUACAUUCUCUUUUUAUACUUUGGACAGAAACUAACUGGAAGGAUGUACUAUAACUCGAUUGUAGCCUUACAACCACCUAUGCGGCCUUUCGUGAAUUCGCUACUGCUCAAAACGGGGUCCAGUGGUAGCAGCAGUCAGCGGAGCCGUGACGCGUUUGCUCGUCGGCUGAGUCGAGGCGUUGACCUGCAAGCCAUCUGUCUGUGCAUGGAGGAGAAAACACUCUGUGGCAGGGCAGACAUGCUCACCUGGGCUUGCUGGUGUGUGGGGCCACUUUGUUUCGAAUUAAAUAAGGACCAUGGGCAGCAUUCUGCCUGCUAGAUCCCACUUUUUGUAAAAUUGUUGUACGAUAGAACACAAAAAGUUAGUCAUUAUUAAUUAUGAGAGUUAUAAUCGGCCAGAACUAACAGAGACACUGUAUCUCUUUUCCGCCCUGCCAGCUGGGUUCCUUUGAGAGCAGUGAUUUGUCUCUUUGUAGUUGUUUAUAUGUAUGUUCUGUUUUUGUUCUGAUUAGUUUCUUUGUGUUGUUGUUAAUGAAUUAGCAACAUAAUCAUUACCUCUCCAAUGUAGACUUCCCAAGGCCAAUGGUCUCUGUCCUAAUUCUCUGAAUUCCGCCUCUUAAGUUGUUUUUAUUAUCGAUGCUGUAAAUAGCUAUGAAGACCAAAAUCCCUCACCAGUGUGCCUUUUGUAGGAACAGCCAUUAUUAACUGGAGCAUCAAACAAAAAUGGCAAAAAAGUCAUUGAAUUGUUCCCCAUACUGUUUUAUUACUGUCUGUUUUCACCUCUGUCGUCUUUGUGUACAGAAAAGAAUGUCUAUUUUGUACUGUUUUUCUCUUCUUUAUUAAAAGGGAAACAUCUGUUUGCCCAAUUUGU